AUGUUGAAGAUAUGGAGUAGAGGAAUAAGUACCUCACGAGUAAUGUCAGCUCCUAAACAUGUUGGAGGGAAAUCUAAAGUCAAACAAGGUUUCAAAGGUAAUAGUUCAGCCAAAGAAAAAGUGAAAAAGUCAGGUAUGACCCAUUUAAAAUUCAAAGAUGCUGUAAGAGAAUUAAAAUUCGAAAAAUUUGCAUCUAAAGUAGAAUUACCUAUAUUGAAGAGUGAACUGACUAAUGGAGAUGUUGUGAAGUAUUCCAAGACAGUCAAAUCCAAAUUGGAACAAUUAGGAUCAUUCAAAAAAUAUCAACAUCAUGAAGCAUUUGAAGAACCAAUAUCAUUGGUUUCUAACAAUUUAAUCAACUUGAAAACCGAAUUCUUCAAGAAUUUCGGUAAAGAUAGUAAUAAAUUCAUAUUGAAAGGUGAACAUAGAGUAGGGAAAUCAACUUUACUUACACAAAUUCAAGCUUUAUCAAAAACUCAAUUUCCUCAAGUUUUAUACCUUCAUUUCAGUGAUGUAGGUAAAAUAAGAGAUGGUUCCAAUGAUUAUAUCUUCAACAAAAGAUUAGGAUUAUAUCAACAACCAAUGUUCACCAAAAGAUUCAUCAAUGACUUCAGAAUCGCCAAUAAGGAAGUUUUGAAAACCAUCAAGUUAUCUAAAGAUAUCAAAUUCACUGCUAAUAAAGUUCACUAUGAUUAUAAAGCCGGUGAAAAUACCUUAUAUGAAUUCUUGAGAAACUGUAAAGAUUUCAAUUUGAAAGAAGCAACUUCAUCUUUCCAAUUUUUCAUUGAAGAAUUAAAAGCUACUUCAGUACCUAAAUUAAUCACUAUUGAUAAUUUUAAUGCUGUUACUACCAAACCAAUAACCGAAUAUAAAACCACCGAUUUUGAACCAACUCAUGUAACUGAGUUUGAAAUGGGUAAAUUCAUUUAUAAUUUAAUCGAUAAUACUUUAGUAUUACCAAACUCAGGUAUUUUAUUAAGUGAAUCAUCCGAUUAUGGUAAAUCAAGAAAUUUGGAUAUCGGUUUAGGAGCAGAUUAUAAUGCUUACGAAUUGAAUGCUUUAGAUUCAAUCACUAUUGAAACUUUACUUAAAGGUAAGAUCAAUGUUUUCCAAGUUGAAAAUUUCAAUAAAGCUGAAACUUCAAAAUUACUUGAAUUUUAUAAUAAAUGUGGUGUUCUUCAACUCAGAGAUUAUGUCUAUAAUCAAAGAUUACCUACACAAGUGGAACAAGGUAUCGAUUUAUCACAAUUAAUUGAAUUAAACUAUGUUAAAUCAGGUGGUAAUCCAGGUUUAUUGUUUAGACAUGUUGCUUUAAAUUACUAA